AUGGGAAAAAAUCAUAGUGGAUCAGAACACAAAAAACACAAGAUUGUUAAAACAAAAGGUUUACAAAAAUUAAAAUGGUUUUGUCAAAUGUGUCAAAAACAAUGUAGAGAUCAACAUGGAUUUAAAUGUCAUUUAACUAGUGAAGCACAUCAACGACAAUUAUUACUUUUUGCAGAAAAUAGCAAUCAAUAUAUGAAAGAAUUUAACAAAGAAUUUGAAACAGCUUUUUUGAAAAUUUUAAAGUCAACUUAUGGAACUAAGAGAGUAAGAGCAAAUGAUGUCUAUCAAGAUUAUAUUCGUGAUAAAAGUAAUGUUCAUAUGAAUGCAACGUCUUGGCAUACAUUGACGGGAUUUAUUAAUUAUCUGGCAAAAACCGGAAAAGCAAGAGUUGAUGAAAAUGAAAAAGGUUGGUGGAUACAAUAUAUAGAUCAAGGAGCAGAGUUAAGAAAAAAAAUGAUAUUAGAAAAGGCAAAAAUUGAAAAAGAUGAUGAGGAAAGAGAAAGGGAAUUAUUUCUUAAAAGAGCUGAAAGGGAAAAACAAGAGCUUAAAGAGAAAAUUGAGGAGGAAAAGGAGAGCACAAAAGAAUUCUCAAAGCCAGAAGGAGAAUUAUUAAAAUUUAAGUUGGCUUUACAACCAAGUUCAUCGAAAAUAGUUCCAAAAAUACAACCUCCAAUUGACGAGGCAUUCACAAGUUCCUCAUCAAAAAGUAAAAAAUCUUCUUCUGCAAACACAAAUACUACAAAACGAUCUGAUUUUCAGAGUGCAUGGAAAGCGAAAUCAGGUAGUGGGUCCGGAGAGGCUACUGAAUCUAAGAAAGAGGCAAAAGGUGGUACUGCUGUGAAAGUGAGACAUAUUUUAUGCGAAAAGCAGUCGAAAAUUCUCGAAGCUCUUGCUAAACUUGAAUCAGGAAUGAAGUUUAAUGAAGUUGCAGCUCAGUAUAGUGAAGAUAAAGCAAGAAGUGGUGGUGAUUUAGGAUGGAUGACACGUGGAUCAAUGGUUGGGCCAUUUCAGGAUGCCGCCUUUGCAUUGACGAAAAGUACUGUUGAUAAACCGAUUUAUACAAAUCCUCCUGUAAAAACUAAAUUUGGUUAUCAUAUUAUUAUGAUUGAGGGUAAAAAAUGA